UGGAGGCAACUGAAGGACAAGCGGUUAAUUCUGAUGUCCGGGAUCCUAACCUUACGACAUCUGAAAGGAUGCCUGCCGAAGCAGACAUCAAGAAUUUCACGUCCGUCAUUGAAGAAUUAAUAUCCAAACUCGACUCUAUCGUCGACCCGUCUGGACGCUCCAAUGCAGAUUACUCCUGAUGGAUAGAGGUCCACAAAAAGGUGGAAUUUCUUGAGAAAGCUCUUGCAGCAGAAUGCAGAAGAGCAGCCCACCUUGAGGACGAGAUGGAAACAAUUGAUGAAGAGCACACUGAAGAAUUACAAUACUUGGACGAAGAGAGAAAAAAGGACCAAGAAGAAAUCUCAAGUCUGGAGGAAAAAUUAAAGCAAAUGGAAAAUACUCAAGAAGAAAGAACAAAAUUGGCAAAGGAAUUAGACUUGUUAAAACUCAAAUUUAGGACAAAUUUGAAUAUAUUUAAAAAAUUACAACAUCUCAAUGCUAUGGGCCUGGUUAAUAGGCUACAUGACGCAUCAAAGGAUACUCUCUUCCUUACAACGUGUGUAAAACAACUGUCUUCAGCUCCGAAUGAGAUGCUGACGGUUCAGCCUCUGACCUCGUCAGUUGUGUCUGAAGCAAUAAAGGAGGCACAGGAAGCCGCAGUCCAAGCAGCAGUCCAAGCAUCCCCCCCCACAAACGCCCCCGCCAGUAAACGAACGAAAAAUAAAAAAAAGUAGUAAUUUAGUAGUGAUUUUAUCGAAUUGAGUCAUUUGUAGAGUUCAUAUAU